AAAUCAUAAAAUGCAUACAUAAUUUUUAAGUAAUAUAAUUAAUCUUUGCACUUUAAUAUAUUUAAAAUGUUUAAUAAAUCAAAGGUGCAAUUUCAAGAUCAACAACUAGAUGACUAUGUACUAGAGAACUCAGUAUUGAAAAGCAAAUUACAAAGUAAAGUUGAUGCUUUGAGUAUCAUGAGCAAGGAACUGGACAAAUGCAGUAUGGAACGGGAUAGAUACAAAAUAUUAGUUGAGCAACUGCAAUCCAAGAAGAGUGUUUCUAUAUGCAUUCAGGAUAAUAACAACUACAGGUUUACACAGACAAACACUAUUAGUGGGGGAGAAAUCCUAGCAAGAACUAGAGACCACAAUAAUAUGUUGAAAUUAGAGGUAGAAACUUUAAGAAGCAAGUUAGAAGAGGCUAAUGGUGAUAUUAUGGCCUUAAGAAGACAACUACAAAAGGGAACUAUAUUGGACGAUAACAAUGCAAACAAAAAAAUACUUCAAAAUUCACAACAAAAAGAUUAUGAACAAUUGGUGCAGAACUUGGAAAAAAUUCAAAGCAAGUAUCAACAACUUCGUUUGGAUUACCGAACAACAUUGGAUGAAAAAGAGGAACUUGUAGCAGAUCGAGAUUAUUACAAAAACAAAGUGCAAAGAUUGAAUCAUCAAAUAAGUUAUUUCCUUACAAAUAAACAAGACGUUCAACAAGAUUCGGAGUUGGAUCAACCGAAACCCAUAGUUGAUAUAGACGCUUUAGUCACUGAAAAUAAAUAUUUGCACGAAAGAAUUACGCAAUUGCAAGUUGAGAAAGAAAUUGUCAAAAGAACGUUAACUAAAUACAAGACACUUCUUGAUAACAGAACUAAGGGAGAUUCAGUCAAUAUAAAAAGAGGAUUUGCAGAUGUCAUGACGCAAAAACAAGUGAGAGAAUAUUUGGAUAAUAAUUCAAAAACUGGUCUAAAAAGAAAUUCAGCAGCGGAACUAAAAUCACUAUGUCUGGGAUUAUUUGAGGCGUUGAAUGAUAAAUCCAUUGCUUUACAGCACCAAAGAAAGACAAAUCAGAUUUUAGCAAACAGAAUAAAUGAAUUAGAGAAAACUUUAGAGAGUUGGUGUAACGGUCAAAAAUGUAUACCAAUAUUCCCAACUCAAAUGCUCCUAGAAGAAUUUUUACCAGAUACGUCAUCUGUUAAAUCUGAUGAAACUAAAAACAAUAAAGUUCUGGAAGAUUCCGAAGUGAAAAUACAGAAUACGUCAUAUUCUGAUAGUGAUGAAGAUUUUUGCACAUGUGACAAUGAUACAGUUAGUUAUGGAGGCAAUGGUGCAGAUGUUGGAGGUGAUAGAUCUGUCUCUAAGACAAUUUUACCAUUGGAAUUGGAACAGCUUGUCAAAGAAGCUCUGGCAGAUUUAAAACCCGUGCAAUAAAAGAUUUCAUUAGCAAAAGUUUUUAACGGUGGAUUUUC